UGUACACUUAUCAGCUCCUGGAAUGCCAGUUAUUACAGAGCUUACCCCGCAUCAGGAAGACAGUGGCACUACUGGUCUAACAGUAUCAUGGCAACCUCCUUCCUCACCUCCAUGCCAGCCUACAUACUAUGAAAUCAAGUACUAUAUUCUUCAAGGCGAUAUGUGUGAGGAUAACUCGAGGGAUCGUAUAAUGACUUCAGCAGGGACCGUCAAUGGUUCAACUUUCACCUUCAAUGUCCUGGAGUUGCGUCCCAACUCUGAGUACAUGGUGUUCGUGAGAGGCAGAACCAGUAGCGGUUAUGGUGAUUCGGAUUCCCAAUCAGCUAUUACAGGAUAUUCAUAUCCUGCCGGUCCUCCAACCAAUAUUCAGCCAACUAUCACCAGGAUGCGCAAUAUUAUCUUCACUUGGGAGAAACCAGAAUGUGGUUAUCGGAAUGGACCAAUCUCGAGCUACGAAGUUAUGUUCUUCAAUUCUGCAGGAGACGUGGUUUAUCAUGGUAAUGUGUCAGGACCUCCGCAUGAGAUCUCUGACCUCAUCUCCUAUUCGAAUUACAGCAUUAGUAUCAGAGCUUGGAACUAUGAACUAGCAGGGGUGUAUAGUCUACCGAUUUGGGCACAGACAAAUGAAGCAAGACCCGCAAGUGUAGAAGCCCUACAAAUGUCACCUUCAACCACACAAAUUGAAGUAAGCUGGGAACCGUCAUCUAGUCCAAGCUCCGCUGACUACUAUAUCAUACGCUACAGUCUCUAUCAGAAGCUUGCCUGCCAAUCACCAGAAACCACCCCAACAGAGUUUGAAGUGAACACCAACGUCACACAAUACAAUAAUCUAGUGGGGUUGGAGCCUUACUCGCGAUACAAGAUCACCGUUACAGCUGUACAUGGUGCCGGGCAGAGUGAACCCACGAUCGACUAUUCAGAUACCAGGCCAGGAGCACCGUCCAACAUUACAAAUGUCAGGGUUAACCCAGAAAGGACGUCUCCAACAAGAAUAGGAUUCACCUGGCAACCUCUCAACUGUAGAAAUGUCAAUGGAGUGUUCUGGUACUACCAUGCAAGAAUCUACAAGGAUGGUUAUAGAAGUUAUGGAAUGGCUGGGAGGGCGUACUUGGAUGAUGACUUUUCACACUCUUCAGUAGAGUUCAAUGGUCUUGUGGCGUGCACCAUGUAUGAACUGAAUAUCUAUGCCUGCAACCAUGAUGACGUGUCAAAUACUUGUGGAAAUCUGUCUCAUGCUAUCGGUGUAACAGGAGUUACUUUCACAAGUGCAUCCGCUUAUGCAACCGGGAAUCAACUAAGAGUGACGUGGAGUGUUCCGUCUCAAUGCAAUGUGGAUUACUACAAACUAUCAUAUCAGCUCAUCUCACGUAAGGCAUGUCAAGAUGUUCCUGUUAUAGAUGCUCAGGUCUACGAACUCAACGUCACAUCAGUUUCCACAGAUGUCACUAAAUACAUUUCGAACUUGGAAUAUUACGCCACGUAUAGCAUCUCCAUCAUAGCUGUGAUAAGGAGAGCAGAGAGUGUACCUAUGAAUGUUAGUGGAGACACAUUGGCUGGAGGUCCUACUGGUUACCCUACUAAUAUCCAGUCUACUUCCACCAAUAAACGCAGUAUUGUGUUUAAUUGGGAGACACCAGAUUGUGGUAAUCGAAAUGGACCAAUCUCAAGCUACGAAGUUAUGCUCUCCAAUUCUACAGGAGACGUGGUUUAUCAUGGUAAUGUGUCAGCUAGCGCAGAACCUGAGCAUGAGAUAUUUGAACUCAUACCCUCUUCGAAUUACAGCAUUAGGAUCAGAGCUUGGAACUAUGAACUAGCAGGGGAGUAUGGUCCAGCGAUUUGGGUACAGACAGAUUAAACAAAUUAUCAACCCAGAACCCACCAACAACCCACCAACAUCGUCGACAUCCUUGUCAUGUAGUCCAGAGAUACCUACGAUAAUGAUGAUCAGGGAUUUGUCCGAAGCAUUAUGGGCCAUGACCUGCAUGGUGGUAAUAAUGCGGACUGUAAUGAUGAUUAGGCUUGUUGCAUUCACAUUCACAUCGAUUGGAGACAUUGAACUGGGGCUCACAUUGCAAUUAAUUUUGAGGAUUUACUCAAACCCUGGAGUCUCAAUCUAUAACACAUGGAUAAAUAGCAUUCACAAUUGGGAGACAUUGAUAAAAAGGAGUCGGGCUAACUCGGACCGGAAAGGUUUAGGGUUAGAGUUAGGGUUAGAGUUAGG